CCACCCUCUUGAGUGAAUAAAAUAAGUAGCCUUUGGGUUUGAAUGAGUUCCAAAUUGUGCUAUCCUGCCCGUGAUCCUACCCUCUGGAUCUUUCCUUGCUGCCUGUAGGGGACCAUGGCAAAGAGAAUCGCAGUUAUCGGUGCUGGGGUGAGUGGCCUGACUUCCAUCAAAGGCUGCCUGGAGGAAGGCCUGGAGCCCACCUGCUUUGAGCAAAGCAGUGACAUUGGAGGACUGUGGAGAUUCACCGAAAAAGUGGAGGAAAACAGGGCAAGCAUUUACAACUCCGUUAUCACCAAUUCAUCCAAAGAGAUGUCCUGCUUCAGUGAUUUUCCGAUGCCCGACCACUUUCCAAACUUCUUGCACAACUCUAAGUUCCUGGAAUAUUUGCGACUGUAUGCACAGCACUUUGAUCUGCUCAAAUAUAUCAGGUUCAAGACCAUAGUUGUCAGGAUAGAAAAAAGCCAAGAUUACUCUUCUACUGGCCAAUGGACCGUCAUCACAGAGAAAGAUGGGAAGCAAGAAUGCUUCAUCUUCAACGCUGUCAUGAUCUGCACAGGCCAUCAGAUAGAAGCAUAUACCCCACUGGAGUUUUUUCCUGGUUUUGAAAAGUUCAAGGGUAGCUAUUUCCAUAGCCGAAACUACAAAAGCCCAGAAGGGUUCCAAGGGAAGACAGCUGUGAUCAUUGGAAUGGGGAAUUCAGCUGCUGAUAUUGCUGUGGAGAUCUGCCGGACAGCAAAGAAGGUGUCCCUCAGCACUAGGGGAGGAACGUGGGUGAUGAGCCGUGUGUUUGACAGUGGUUAUCCCUGGGACACCAUCUUUCACACUCGCUUCAGCAACAUGAUCCGAAAUUCUCUCCCAUGGUUCCUUUUGCGAUGGGUGGUAGAACAGAAGAUGAAUCAGUGGUUUGACCACGAAAACUAUGGCCUGGUGCCUCAAAACAGGUCACUGAUGAAAGAACCAGUGUUCAAUGAUGACCUGCCAAGCCGUAUCCUGUGUGGGGCUGUGACAGUGAAACCACUUGUCAAGGAAUUCACAGAGACCGCUGUCAUUUUCGAAGAUGGGACUGCAGAGGAGAAUGUGGAUGUGGUCAUCUUUGCAACAGGCUACAGUGUUGCGUUCCCCUUUCUGGACAAGUCGGUGAUAAAGGUGGAAGACAACCGUGUCCAAUUGUAUAAACACGUCUUUCCUACUCAUCUAGAGAAGCCAACAUUGGCUGUUAUCGGCCUCAUCCAACCCCUUGGGCCAAUCAUGCCCACCUCAGAGCUGCAAGUGCGCUGGGCUACCAGAGUCUUCAAAGGGCUGAGUUCACUACCUUCAGAGAGCGUUAUGGUGGCCGACACCAUCAAAAGGAAUGAGAAGAGGAUCAAGUGGUUUGGCACCAGCCGCAGCCAGUCAAUCCAGACGGAUUUCAUUGAGUACCUGGAUGAGCUUGCUGUUGCCUCGGGAUCAAAGCCGGACCUGUCCUCACUGCUGGUGAAGGACCCCAAGCUGGCCUUGACUGUUUUCUUUGGGCCCUGCUCCCCUUUCCAGUUCCGCUUGAUGGGACCCGGGAAGUGGCCUGGAGCCAGGAAUGCCAUCCUCACCCAGGCCGAGCGGAUCAUCAAACCCACAAAAACCCGCAUUGUGGGCAACGCUUCAAACCACACCCUGUUCUCCCUGCUUAAAAUCCUUGGUCUCCUCGUUCUCUUGGCUGCAAUUUUGCUUUCCCUUUGUCAGCACUGAUCUGCCCACAAUAAUGCAAGGAUGAUGGCUGUAUACUGGCAAGUGAGCUGCUCAAGUUCCACGUGCUUCUGCUUCCAUAAUAAUCCGACUGUUUAUUGUAUCGGUAGGCUGGGAGGCCUUUAGUGAAAGGUGGUAAGCGGGUAGGCUGAUAUGAGAGGGCCCUGAACAAGAUGGCUUCCAGCAGCAGCAGCAGCAGCAGCAGCCCAGCACCACCCUGUGGGUCCCCCAAAGUAAGCUUAGCAUGCAGAGGAAGGGUGGGCAGCAGGGGCAAAUAGGAAUGGUGCUGAGAAGAAAAAUACCAGGUGAAGCAGCGACCGCUGCCAUUUCCCUGGAGGUCUUGGGUGCAAUGGAGGUGCCCGUGGCUGCCACUGUCCAACCCAGCAUUUCCUUCACAGCACCCGCCCCUCAGUUAUUUUAAAAUAAUUUAGAGCCUGUUGGUGGGUAUCCACAACCAGAUGGGAAAGUUUCAGGAAAAGGCCUCCUAAAGGUGGAGGAGGAAGGACUGCCCAGUGGGCAAGUGGAAGGAAAUUGCAGGGGGAAUGGUUUCCCAGGGGAUAGCUGUGAGCUCUCUGAUGAGUCCUAGACCCAGCCUGGAAGGAAAUGCAUGCAGAAGUGCUUUCAGCUUUUAACUGGAUCAUAAUGAAAAUGGCUUUGGUCCAUCAGAGGCAGAUGAAGCAAGCAAAGAAGAGUUUACACCACCUAAAAAACCGCAUUCGCUUUAAAUUGCUUUACUUUGGGGUUGGUUGGGCAGAGUCCUGCCAGUUGAAGUGAGUGCCAUCAACCGCAGAGCUGCUGCUCAGUGAAUGAGAAAGGUUUUUCCCCACCUUGUCCCCGCUCCCACUAGUGGCUGCUCAGGCGUUCAAUAUCCCCUUUGUGUAAACUUUAGUUUUCAGUGAAUUGCAGUAACAAUAUUGGGAAAUGCUGCUGCUGCUGCAGGUUCACACUACUGUCCGCCCCUUCUCCUUGCCCUAUGUGUAUUCUUUAUCUUGCCCUACAUAUAAGCUGGCUACUCUACUAUUGUGAGUGAAACGGUGCAAUUGUGAAUGGGGAAAGGAGGCUACUUCUUGUGAAAGCAGCCCUACUGUGAAUGGGGGAAAAGAGGGAAUGUGGGGAGGCAUGGUCCCAUCCCUUGACCCAGGUCACUGCCAGGUCACAGAAAUAAGCACGUCCAGGAUUAAAUACCGGGGACAUGGGACACGCUACAACAGAAACAGCCGGGAGCUGCAUUUAAGGAAAAACAAUGCACAAAAAUGACAGUCCGAAAAUGUGCCUU